AGCUUCUAAGACCGUGCAUAGUCUUUAAGAUCGUGCAUAGCCUCUAAGACCGUGCAUAGCUUCUAAAACCGUGCAUAGUCUCUAAGACUGUGCAUAGCCUCUAAGACCGUGCACAGCUUCUAAGACCGUGCAUAGCCUCUAAGACUAUUAAACCUGAUGUGGCUUGCCAUCGUUAAUUCUUACAAUGACGUCAUCCGUUUUCAACAUCGCCAACCACACCACGAUAAUCUUCAUCAACACUUCUAGGCAACAGACCAAUGCCAUAGAAGUGGCUACUGCUGAUGAAGAUGUCCACCAGUACAUUGACGACGUCACAACGCUGUACGUCCUGCGUAUUUUAAUGCUUGGUGUCACCCCCGCCAUCUCGCUGUUUGGUAUCACCGGCAACGUCUUCAGCAUCGUCAUUCUCUACAAACAUGGCCUCCGGAAGUGUUCCAACAUUCUCCUCAUCUCCCUCGCGGUCAGCGACUUCACGUUCCUCAUCGGCUUCAACAGCGUGCCCAAAUUUCUCUAUGAAGUCGUCAACGAAGUUGACGGGUUCCGGUUCAGUCUAGAAGCUUCCUACGUUCUUUACUACUCCUAUCAUGUCUUUCACACCAUGGACUACGCCUCUGGAGGCAUCUCAUUGACGCUGCCCAUGUUUAUAACAGUUGAACGCCUCGUCGCUGUGUUUCUGCCCCUGAAGUUCCACCAGAUCGUCACGCCGACACGGACGUGGUGGGUUGUCGUACUCGUCAGCGCCUUCUGGUAUGUCUACUUCAUUCACACGUCACUCUUCGUAGGGUUUAGUUAUGAGCACAACGUGGAGUUCAAUAGAUCUAUAGGCGUCCUGACACGGUCCGCUUACCAUUACAGCAACAUCCAAACGGUUGGGAUACUGGAGGAGACCAUGUCCUACCUCAUGAUGAAAAUCCCGCCGGUUUUUACGAUGUUGGGUUGCGUCGUCAUUGGGGUCAAGGUUAAGAUGGCGUCCAGCAAGCGUCAGAAAAUGACGUCGAAAGGCGGGAAGAGCGAAUCGUCCAACCGUACAACGAAAAUGCUGCUGGCUGUGUGCGCCGUGUACACGGUGGCGUGCGGGAUCCUCUCGCUCCCCACGUUCGUCCCACAGUACAUCCACUACACGAUGACCAGCGACGCCCCGUCCAACCUGGGGAGGGUCAUGUACCAGGUCAUCAACAUCGUCGUCUGCAUCAACAGCUCCUACAACUUUGUGAUCUACGUGGCCAUGAACAAGACCUUCCGUGACACGUACAGGGCAUUGUUUGUCAAAUGUUUUAAUGGCAAGAGUUAAGAGGUCGUAGCUCAAACAGGUAUUACAAUUAAGUACGUCAUACUAUCAGGCCAUACUAUCAAGUCAUGGUAUCAAGGCAUACUAUCAAAUCAUGCUAUCAAGUCAAACUAUCAAGUCAUACUAUUAGGCCAUACUAUCAAGCCAUACUAUCAAGUCAUACUAUCAAGUCGUACAAUCAAGUCAUACUAUCAAGUCAUACUAUCAAGUCAUACUAUCAAGCAACACUAUCAAGCCACACUAUCAAGUUAUACUAUCAAGUCGUACAAUCAACUCAUACUAUCAAGUCAUACUAUCAAGCCAUUGCUUGUUUAAAGUGUUUCAUCAUUGCUCCAAAAGUCUCACUUAAAAAAAAGGGGGAUAACGAUAUCAAUUCGUCAGUCGUCUCCAAUCUUCACCGUGGCUUAAAUUCCCUUAAUUAUUCAAAAUCACAUUAAUUGUUG